UGCACCCUUUUGCAGAUUGUUUUACUUUUGGACCUGUGAGCCACCAUGGAGUUUUCUGUUCUCUGGCGUUUAUCUGCAGUGCUGCUGUUAUGUCCUCUCUAUAUGGGUGUAGGUGUUCUGUGUGAAGUCACCUGUAGUGAGGAGGGAAUGGGAAUGGAAGGAGGUCAUUACACUCUCACUAAGCAGCUCGAGUAUGGCAGCAUUCUGAUAUACCACUGUCCAGACGGGUACUAUCCAUUUCCUGCUUUAACUCGCUCGUGCCUGAAAAGCGGAACUUGGAAGCCAGCUCCACGAAGAAGACCUAUUCAACAGUGCAGAAUGGUCGAAUGCCCCAACCCCUUGGGUUUAGAAAGUGGUUCUGUCUUGCCUGUACAAAGUCAAUAUUUUGUCAACAAUAAGACCACGUAUGAGUGUUAUUCGGGAUACUCACUACGCGGCUCAGCCUCCCGUGUGUGCCAAUCCCAUGGGAAGUGGAGUGGGGGCACACCCAUAUGCAGCCGUGACUCAGGAGGUGAAGAUCGCUGUGCUGACCCUGGGAUUCCAGCUGGUGCUAGGAGGUCUGGUUCCAGUUUUGGCAUAGAUGACGAAUUGACAUACCGCUGUGACGAUGGCUUAAAGUUGUUGGGGUCAAAGACGCGCGUAUGUCAAGAGAGUGGCCAAUGGACUGGGACUGAGCCUAGUUGUUACUACAAACACACGUAUGACACUGCACUGGAGAUCACGGAGGCCUUCGGCAGUGCUAUCAGAGAGAGCCUUCAGCUGGCAGCGCCCAUUGAUGACACAGAUCAGGAAGGAAAGAAGAUCACAAUAGAUAAAGCUGGAAAGCUUAACAUAUACAUUGCUAUGGACAUCUCUGACAGCAUUGAGGAGAAAGAGUUUGACAAAGCAAGAAAUGCAGUCAAGAAACUUAUCACAAAGGUUAGCUCCUUUUCAGUCAGCCCAAAUUAUGAAAUCCUUUUCUUCGCUUCUGAUGUAUUAGAGGUUGUCAACAUAAUAGAUUUUUCUGGAGAAAAUAGAAAACCACUUGAGGAAGUCUUGGCUAACUUGGACAACUUUAAAUAUGAUGCUAGAGAUAAUGUUGGGACCAAUCUCAACCUUGCCUUUAGAACCAUCCUGGAACGCAUGGCUAUCCAAAAACAACGAAAUGAAACGUUAUUCAAGGAGGUCUACCAUGUCCUCAUCUUUUUCACAGAUGGUGCUUACAACAUGGGGGGUAGCCCUGAAAACACAGUUGCCAAAAUUAGGGAAGCAGUGUACAUGAAUAAAAAGGAAGAACGGGAUAAAUAUCUUGAUAUCUAUGUUUUUGGUGUCGGAAGUGAAAUUUUUGAUGAAGAUAUCAUGCCACUAGUGACAAAAAGGGACGGCGAGAAGCAUUACUUUAAAGUAAAGGAUGCUAAUGAAUUGGAAAAAACCUUUGAUGAUAUAAUUGAUGAAAGCAAGGUUGUGGGUUUAUGCGGACUCCAUAGAAACUAUGAUGAAGGUACCGCAAACAGCAUACGUCAAAGAUACCCCUGGAUGGCACGGAUUGAAAACACACAUGAGGAUGGAAUAAUUAGUAAAUGCAUGGGGUCUCUGGUCUCUCGCCGCUUCAUCUUGACUGCUGCUCACUGCUUCAAGUUCGCAGACAAACCAGAUAAAAUCCGUGUUACGAUUGGAAAACUUCAAGUUGUAAAUGGAGCAUCACGUAUAAUAUUACAUCCUGAUUAUAAUAUCAGAGGUAAAGAGAAAGACGGGAUUAAGGAGUUCUAUGAUUACGACGUAGCUCUCAUCCAACUGGAGAAGGACGUAGAUAUCUCUAUCAACAUAAGACCAAUUUGCAUCCCUUGCACCAAGGAAACAAGUGGCGCUUUAAGACUGGUAGGAGAGGCUACCACCUGCAAGCAACAAGAACAGCUAUUGUUAAAAAAUCCAAUUGAAGAAGUCAGUUUCAUUUCAUUUGAUAAGAAGGAUCAAAUGGAUCAGCGCAGCGAUGCCAAACUUAAGCUUGAGGUUCAGCUGAGGGACAGUUGUAUCAGAUUGGCUGCUACUCAGGUAGAUGGCAUAACACCACUUAAUCUAAAGGAUGUUGUGACUGACAACUUCCUGUGCACGGGUGGGCGUCAACCUACUAGAGAUAAUAUUGCCUGCAAAGGUGACUCCGGUGGAGCUGUGUUUAAGGACUAUGAUGAUUACCGCACCAUUCAGGUUGGAGUGAUCAGCUGGGGAACCAAAGACCUGUGCCCUGGUGGUAGCAGUGAUGUCCAACAGGAGUCUGACGAUGAAUCCAGAGAUUUCCACAUCAACCUCUUUAAAGUUGUGCCGUUUCUGAAGAAGUAUUUGGGGGAUGAGUCACAAGAUUAUGAACCUCUUCAGUUUUUAGACAAAUGAAGAGUUUCAUUCCAAAACGUUCUAUAUCCAUUUUCAGAAAUGUUGGUAAAGUAGCUUUUAUUGUUUAAAGAACUUCUGAAAGAGAUUAGUGUGUUUUUUCACUAUCAUGGCAUGGGGUUGUUCAAUGACAGACCUGUAUUUGUUUGAAAUCUAUCACUUGAUGGUUUAAUUUCAGAGAGACAAAUAAUCAUGUUUUUUGGCAAAACACAAAUGUAACACAAGAACUGUACAAAUGAAACAUGUGAGAUCAAUUUGAGUCAAUAUGAGAUCUGUAUGUACAACAUUUCACAUUUUAGUCAUCUUGCAGAUGCUCAUAUCCAUAGUGACUUACAGUUAGUGCAUUCAUCUUAAGAUGUGUGGAUAUAGCGACGGUGAUAAAGAUGUAUUUGAACAAAAGUUGUUUUACGAUCAUGCAUCUACUGCACUGAACAUGCACGUCUUAAAAAAUAGGUUGUUGAAUCGAACUAUAGUUAUCAAUGAAAGUGUUUUCUUAACUACUGCUGAUUAAUAAACUCAUUACCUGAA